AUGGCUAGCUUCAUUCGGGGAAAGCAGGCAGGCAUGCAGAACGACCUGUCUGCGGGAAUUGUGCCGGGUCUAUUUGCCCCUGAAGAACAGAUACGAUAUGGCGUCGAUUCACAGAUCAGCUGCAUAGCUUAUGAUCCGGUCCAGUCGCUCAUGGCCGUGGGCACGACCCAGUCGCGCUUCGGACCUGGCACGAUUUACGUUUACGGCCGCGGACGCGUCAACAAGGUGAUCCGGCCCAAGGGCGGUGCGUCGCUGCGGCAGAUCCAGUUCAGCGCAAACCGGCUGGUGAGCCUGGACGCGAAGAGCGAAAUCGCGAUGUGGAACCUCGACACGGGCAACCGCAUUGGCGGCUCCGUCUCAGCGGGUGCGGCGGUGUGCAUGGUCACAGACCCCAUGCUGGACUGGGCGUUCCUGGGAUUGACCAACGGCGACAUUAUCGCAUAUGACCUCGACCGCGAGCGGCUCUCGCCCUUCCGUGUCCAGAAUCUCUGGCGCAACCGCCCAGGAGGCGUUGACCCCCGGGUCCGGGGCGGUGGCCCAGGCACGGAUGCGUCAGCGGCCAUGAACCUUGUGACCAUGCAGCUGCACCCGCGCGAUGCCGGCCAGCUGCUGAUUGGCUACUCCACGGGCGCCGUACUCUACUCGUUCAAGCAGAAUGAGGCAAUCAAGUACUUUGAAUAUGUCGUGCCGCCCGGCGCUCCUGGUGGCAACGGCGAGACGCCCCAGGUCCAGCGCAAACCACGUCUGACACAGGCCGUUUGGCAUCCCACAGGCACCUUUGUGCUGACGGCACACGACGACGGAAGCCUUGUUUUCUGGGAUCCCCGAGACGGCCGCGUGGUUAUGGCACGUAGCCUCUACGAUGUUAGCGUCGACCAACCCGUUGCCCGCCCACCAGGCGCUCGUGCCAUCGACCCGUUUGUGCAGAUUGCUUGGUGUUGCAAGAAGAACCCCGACGACACGGCCCUCCUGAUUGCCGGCGGCCUGGCCAUCGACGAGCCUGAAAAGGGCCUCACGUUCCUUGAACUUGGGCCUACGCCUGUGUACGCGACGUCGUCGUGGCAGAUCUUGUCGGACCACUUCAAGGGCAAACGCCAACAGCUGCUGCAGAUUCCACAAGGCACAGAAGUGACCGGAUUUUGCCUGGCCCCGCGCCAGUCGCCGCAUUUUGGCGGCGCCAGCGACCCCAUUGCCGUCUUUGCCCUUUUGAACUCGGGCGAGAUGCUGACGUUGAGCUUUCCCUCGGGCUACCCCAUCAGCCCGACCAACCAGCUGCACCCGUCGCUCUCCUUCGUCAGCCCAUUUGUAGGCACCUUUGCAGUGUCAACCAUGGCGCGUGAGCGGUGGCUGGGUCUGACGGAAAGUCGCAAUUUAGGCGAGCGGCUGCUCCGUGGUGGCGCCGAAGCACCGAAGCCACGUCGGCGCUACGAACGCCGCGAUAUUAUCCAGACAGCCCACGCUGACGGCACCGUGCGGCUGUGGGACGCCGGCCACGCCGACGAGAUUGAGAACCAAGCGCAGCUGCAGGUUGACGUGGCGCGGGCCGUCGACCGUGACCAUGAUGUCGAUGUUUCUGCAUUGUCUCUGGCGGCUGGCACAGGCGAGUUUGCCGUCGGCACGCGGCAGGGCGAGGUGGUUCUGUUCCGGUGGGGCACCAACAAGUUCUACGGCCGAGGAGGAGGUGAUGACUCGCAGCCAUUGAACUCCAACCCUGGUGGCUUCACCGACAUCAGCAGCCGCACCGAGGAGAACUUACAGGACGGGUUGCAGCCGUGGGUGCGCUACGAGAUGAUGCAGGGGCCGAUCACGGCACUCAAGGUAGCAGACGUGGGCUUUGUGGCGGCGGGAUCUGAGAACGGGUUCCUGAGCAUUGUUGAUCUUCGGGGACCUGCUGUUAUUUUCCAUGGCUCGAUGGCCGACUUCGCCAAGUCGGAGAAACGGUCGUCGUUUCUCAGCAAGCACAGUAGCACCAGCAGCUCGUCGUCCGGUAAGGAUUUCCCAACUGUCAUUGAGUUUGCUGUGCUGUCACUCGAGGGGAAGUCGUACUCGAGCCUCGUGUGCCUGGUGGGCACGAACCAAGGAAAAGUUAUCACGUUCGAGCUGCUCCCUUCGGGCGCCAGCUACACCGCCAAGAUCGCGGGCAUUGCCGAGCACAAGGACCGCGUCGUGGCCAUCUGCCCUAUUGUGUCCGAGACGGGCGCACCGGCAUCGGCCACAGGAGCAUCUGUGGCUGGGCUCCGGAGUGGCCAGCACGUCAACGGGACACUCGUGGUGGCAACGCAGAAAGAGGCCCGUAUUUUCAAGCCCGUGGCUGCCAAGGGAGCGUCCAAGUCUUUCGACGACGCCUUCUGUUAUUCAGCUUCGGUUGCCCAUUACGAACAACACGGCUACGCACUUGUGGGCGUCUUUGGUGACGGGACUCUGCGGACGUUCUCGCUGCCCGGCCUCAAGGAGAUCAGCAAGGCUCCUCUCCGCGGAUUUGAGCCAUCCCGCCACACCGACGCUGUGGUCACGCCGUCUGGCGAUGUGUACGGCUGGUCCGGCCCGUCGGAGCUGGUGAUUGUUUCGGCGUUUGGCCGCAGCGCAGGCCCCGCGAACCCACAGGAGGGUAACAUGGGCGACACACUCGUCAAUCCCGAGCUGGCCGUACCGCCGCGGCCGACAAUCAGUAACCUGCAGUGGAUCUCGGGCACGCAGUAUGUUUCUCCUACGGACCUCGACUUACUGGUUGGCGGGCCCGGCCGGCCACCAAGCAAACGCAUGCUGGCGGCGGCGGCCGAGGAAGAACGCCUGGCGCGGUAUGGCGGAGCAGGUGCGGGUGGAGCGUAUGGCUCGACAGCUGGAUUGCAACGAGGUGUGGCCAGCCAGGAAGGCUGGGGCCAGUACCUGACACGACAGCUCAACCAGCGGACAGAGAAGCUAAAUUUCAUGAGCGACAGCCUCGACAACCUACAGGAACAGAGCCAGGGUUGGGCGGAUGACGUUAACAAGUUUGUUUCGCGGCAGAAGCGCGGACUCGUUUUGGGAGUGGUGAAGAGCAAAUUUAUGUAG